UGGGCGCGCAGUCUGGGCUUGCGGUACUUAUAAUUAUAGUACACUACGCUUUAGGGAUUCGGAAAAACGCGCAAUAGAAUAAAAUAUAUAAUAAUAAUUAGAAUCAUAAUUUGCUUCAGGAUUCACGGACGGGACCUUGUGCUCUAUUUCAUUUCACAGGACAACACUUAAGACAAAUCCGCUUGAAACGCGAAAUUUCUUUGCUACGAUACCUGGAAAGGACUGAAAAUGCCGAAACCAGUUAAAAUUCGUGUCACCACAAUGGAUUCCGAGCUGGAAUUAUUCAUCCAGGUUAACACCACUGGGAGACAACUUUUUGACCAGGUUGUGAGAACUAUUGGUUUGCGUGAGCAAUGGUAUUUUGGUCUCCAGUAUGUAAGUAGCAAAGGAUACCUCUCCUGGCUAAGGCUGGAUAAAAAGCUGUCCGCACAGGAUGUUAAGAAGGACAACCCGAUGCAGUUCAAAUUCCGGGCCAGGUUCUUCCCAGAAGACGUGUCUGCAGAGCUCAUCCAGGAUAUCACCCAGAAGUACUUCUACUUGCAAGUGAAGGAUGCGAUUCUGAGCGAUGAAAUCUACUGCCCUCCAGAGACCGCUGUGCUGUUAGCAUCAUACUCAGUGCAGACCAAGUAUAGUGACUUUUCUGAAGAGAUCCACCAGCCUGGAUACUUAUCAUCCAGCAUGCUAGUUCCCCGGAGGGUUCUGGACCAACACAAGCUGUCCAAAGAGCAAUGGGAGGAACGCAUCCAGGUGUGGCACAAGGAGCACCGAGGAAUGCUGAAGGAGGAUGCUGUGCUGGAGUACUUGAAGAUAGCUCAGGACCUGGAGAUGUAUGGCGUCAACUUCUUUGACAUUAAAAACAAAAAAGGAACAGAAUUGUUGAUGGGAGUUGAUGCUUUGGGACUAAACAUUUAUGAAAAGGAAGACAAAUUGUCUCCCAAGAUUGGAUUUCCAUGGAGUGAAAUUAGGAACAUAUCAUUUAAUGACAAGAAGUUCAUCAUAAAACCAGUCGACAAGAAGGCUCCAGAUUUUCUGUUCUAUGCCCCUCGUGUGCACGUCAACAAGAGCAUCCUGGCCCUGUGCAUGGGCAACCAUGAACUGUACAUGCGUCGCCGCAAGCCCGACACCACUGAGGUGCAGCAGAUGAAGGCGCAGGCCCGUGAAGAGAAGCACCAGAAGCAAAUGGAGAGAGCCCAGUUGGAGAAUGAGAAGAAGAGGAGGGAGGCCAUUGAAAAAGAGAAGGAACAGGUGGAGAGAGACAAAAAGAAACUGAUAGCAAGACUCGAAGAGUUUGAGGAGAAGACUAAAAAUGCAGAAAAGGAACUGCAGGAACAGAUGGCACAUGCAUUGGAGCUGGAACGGGAGAGGAGGAGGGCCGAGGAGGAGGCUGUGAGGCUGGAGGCAGAGAGGCAGGCUGCUCUCCUUGCAAAAGACGAGCUGGCCAGGCAGGCUGAGCACCAAGCUCAGACCCAGGAACAGCUGGCUGCAGAGUUAGCUGAAUACACAGCCAAGAUUAGCAUGUUGGAGGAAGCGAAGAGGUGCAAGGAAGAGGAAGCCGUCACGUGGCAGAGCAGGGCCAUGGAGGUCCAAAAUGACUUGGAGAAGACAAAAGAAGAGCUACAGCUGAUGACAACGACAUUGAAUACCAACGAAAAGGCCACGGAGGUCCAAAUGGACUCAAAAAGGAUGGAGGAGGAGGUACAGAUGGAGAUGAUGGCACCUACCUAUCCAGCCGCUGAGUAUGUUGAAGACCACGACCACAACGACACAAAGGAGCACAAUACCUAUAGUGCGGAGCUGCAGAUGGAGGGUAUCAGCAACGACCGUGACGAGGAGGAGCGUCUCCCAGAGGCAGAGAGAAAUGAGCGACUGCAGAUGCAGCUGAAGACCCUCAGCUCAGAGUUGUCCCUGGCCCGGGAUGAGACUAAGAGCACCCAGAACGACCAGCUCCAUGCAGAAAACGUGCGAGCCGGAAAAGACAAAUACAAGACACUGAAGCAGAUCCGGCAGGGUAACACCAAGCAGAGGAUCGAUGAGUUUGAAGCCUUAUGAAGGAGGUUUGAGUAACAGGUGGUUACAACAGCAGCAUCUACACUGCCCUGAGCUACACUGCUGUAAAUUAUUUCGUCUUCCAAAAUAAAAGUCCUGUUGAAAAGUU